UCGAAUUCAAUAUUUGGUGACAUUCUUCACUACUCUAUCUCUUCUCCCUUCUCUUUUUCCAAUGGGGUGUACACAUCUAGAAGAGUCUCCCCUUACAGUGCGGUGUGUUCUCCAUUCAGAUGUUAAGGGAAAAAGAGAUUAUAUUAGCGAGUUACCUGAUUGCAUCUUGUCUUAUAUCCAAUCAAUGGUAUCCAUGAAAGAUAUGAUGAACACUUGCGCACUCUCUAAAAGGUGGAGCAACUUGUGGCAUCUGAGGAGAGAUCUGAACUUUGAUGUGCACAAUGUUUUUGGAAGUGAAGAGGAAUUACUAGAUAAGGGAUAUCUUGCUAUUGAGAAGGUCUAUGAAUAUUCAAGAAAAGAUAUUUCAGAUGUGUGCAAAGAUGAAUUCAUAAAACGAGUAAAUCAAUUUGUCAAGAAUUUUAAAGGAAUCAUGAUUGAUUCAUUCAUGGUGAAGUUCAACAAUUUAAAUCACAGACAUAGCAAAAAUAUUGAUGAAUGGAUCAAGUUUGCAAUUUCAAGAGGAGUUGGAAGAAUUGAUUUGCUCCUCUAUCAAGAACCAGGUCAUUAUAAAGGCACACGUUACACGUUUCCUUUUGGCUUAUCUUUUGAGUGUAAGAGUUCAAGACUCAAGCAUAUGCAUUUGGUUGGUUGUAAACUUGUUUGUCCUCCAUCAAACUUUGAUAUUUUCCCAUUCACAAAUUUGAAAUCUCUUGUGCUUGAAAGGUCACGUGUGGAUGUAAAGUUGCUCACAACUCUAUUAUCUAAUUGUCUUCUACUUGAAGAGCUCAACUUAGAGUCUUGUAAGGUUAAUUCAUCAAGCUUAAAAAUAGUAAGCUCAUCAUUAUGCCAUCUCAAGCUUCUUUGGUGUGAAGCAAGUAAAGAUGAGGAAUUAGAAUUCAUUUCAUUGGAUUGCCUAAAACUCACAUCAUUCUACAGCUGCCAUAUGAAUCCUUCACCAAGCUUUUCAAUGAAUACUCCUAUUCUGAAGACCAUUGACCAUUUUGAUUUCCCUGGGGGAAUAUAUAAUGCAUUUUCCUUCUUUGCAACUGUUUCUACGCUUGAGAUUCUGAAUUUAUGCAUCUAUUAUAACUGCUGCCCUUGCUGCUCUGGUAAGGGAAUAAGUAUACCACUUCAAACUACACUGGAAAAUCUCAGGGAACUCAACUUGAGAGUUGUUUCACAGUUUGAUAUUUGGUGGAUUUUAGACGUCCUUAAAGCGUCUCCGUUUCUGCAGAAACUUUCAGUCAUGAUAGAGUAUCCAUCGUUUGAUGCAAAUGAAACAGAUAUUGAUGAUCUCCCAAUGUUCUCUCACGAUGAGAUAAAAGUUAUCGAGUUAGGAGGCUGUGUGGGAAACUGGUAUGAAAUUGAGUUUGCCAUGAAUGCUUUAAAGUAUAUCCACACACUUGAGCGAAUAGUUUUGAGUCCUUAUUGGAAAGAUGAAAUGUCUCCAAAUAAUGGCCAGCAAUGCGAUCCAUCAUGGCCUAAUGGUCGUAAAGGAAUCCUCGAAAAGCUUCAAGACGAAGGGAUUGAACUAGACAAACUUGUACUUCUGUAAGAUUAUAUAAUUUUUGGUCUUCAAAACAUUGCUGUAAUUUUCAUUAUCUUUGGCUUGGGUCUUCUUGUGAGGGGUCAUUUGAUUUGGAUUGAUUUAUAUCACUCACUUGGGAGAUUGUUCCCAAGACCUUGUUCUUAUUUGAAUUAAAUCUUCUCUUUUCUAAAAACGAAGAUUACAUAACUUUUGCACAA